CCGGCCUGCGUGUGGAUAGAUAACCAAUUUCUUCCGAAUAUAGGGAUGCGGACAGUAUCACAGUGUCCCAGACCAUACCUCGAAAAUCUUACGAUUCUUGAGAGGAUGAUAAGGGCGUACUGCAGUAUGAACGAGAGCACACAGCCAGUGUCGGUCGAAAACCACAAUUUAUUGCCCCCGCAAGCUCCGUCAAGUGGAAUCCGGACUGUGAUUGAGCCGAGCCCUGUCAGGAUUGUACAAACCUCACCGCCUCCAGUACCAGAUGAAUGGUACUCUCCGGAAGGGGUCCUAUUGGCGCCGAUGGCGCCAUUGCCCGUCGUAUAUUGUCCAUACCCAGUCCCCGGGAGACAGGUGACAUACCACCAAAGUGUCUCUCAUGAGGACGAGCAGGGUAUUAGCUCGCUGGGAGGGAAGACGAAGGCGAAGCGGGGAAAGGGAAAGACUAAGACGACCCGACAGAAGAAGAGAGCCCCGAACGAUCUGCAAUCUCCCUCCCCGAGUGGCGCCCCUGAGCUAGCCUCAACAUUUCCGAUUGCCGAAGUCCCUGAGUCGACUUCCGAGGGCGAGGGCGAGGGUAUCAAGGAAAUGAACGAGGAAGCUAAACCAAGAGAAGAGCUGAGAGGUCGUGAUCCUAAGCCGCCUUCCAAUUCCUCGAUCCUAGACUCUUCGAAACAAUCUUGGAGCGAUAUGGUUGAGGAAGAGGUCGCCAGAAGCGGAGAAGCUGCCAAAGGCAGUCUGCCGUCUUUGAUUCCCGGACCUCUCUCUACCACGCCGGCAGCGGACUCACAGAUGACACAAAGCACCGCCCUUAGUGCCCGCCACCUGCGUCCCUCGACCACUUCUACCGUGUCUGAGAGCGCAGACAAGAUGAACCCCCAUGAUGCCACAACGAAGAUUUCCGAUAAUGCUAAGGGCCAUGGUCCCAACUCCGCGAAGAAUGGGCAGGAAACACUGGAACGCACAUAUGCCACCGUCUCACGCGUUGCAAUAGAGCCUGUUCAGCGACCGAGCCAGAAGGAAGGGAAUCUCGUGUUCAGGAAGAAACCUGAUAUCGAGCCGGCGACAGCUCUUCGUGAACCAGGCAUGCCUGCAGCUAAGCUCCUGGACGAGGGACAAAAUACUCAAGACGGCAUCCCCACCACGUCUUCGUCUACACAUUCCCGAGCCGUUCCUCGUGGCGCACCUCCCGCCCCUGGAGGCCCGCCUACUACGGCGCGUGUAGUUCCAGCUACCGCUCGCACCACCGCGCCGACGUGGGCCCGGUCCGCCCUCCCUCCCCAACCAUACGUGAAAUCAUACGUGAUCGGGCACGACAAUCAGAUCAAAGAGACCGCCGUCAAACCUGAUGCAAACGCGAGUCACAGCACCAAUCCGGGCGCAAAAGGUCACCCUUCCGCAACCGCCGCUGGACGUGCUGGAGCUCCUCCUCAUGCCCCCGGGGCCACUGCAUCCUUCCCGAGUAAAGGCGGAGGUCGACGCGACGCAACCCGAGAUAAUAAGCGCCAGGCGCAGGCCGCAAACCCCAACGCCGGCAGCAAGGCCAUAGGUUCCAUGGCACCUGGCCCGCGAGCAAAACCGACUUACGCAGCACCUCGUAUCCCUGCCCCAGUUAGUGGCUACUCUCUCGUCUACGGGAGUGCGAGCGGAGGCGAAGACCAGCGGACGCGUAAGGAAGAGCCACCUGCCGCCGGUAGCAGGGCCAUUGCUGUACCACAGAAGAAGCCAAGUGAAAGGCUCAACAGAACCAGCCCUCCCGUGCCGCAGCCACAGUCGCAGCUACAACCGCAGGUUGACGACGGUUGGACGACGGUGGCCCGCCGCGCUCGCCGCCCUCCGCGUAACUAGAGUUAGGCAGGCCGAACUCGGAAAGUUGUCCCUUUUGCGACAUCGGAUGUAGUCGCUCGCUAUUUGGGCCAAUGUCUGUUAGAGUGUUAUUACACUCAACAACGUAGAGUUGAGGAGCAGACUUGGCGCGUUACAGCCAUCAAAAGCAUCACAAGUCUUUCUCCCCUUCUCCCUUCC